AUGCCCUCAGUCGUACCCCGCGUCCCGAGCCCGCCCGAGCGCAAGAGAAAAGCUCAUGUUAAGUCUCGCAAGGGCUGUUGCAAUUGCAAGCUCAGACGAGUCAAGUGUGAUGAAGGCAAGCCUAAAUGCAAGAAAUGCGUCCUAUACGGCGUGUCUUGCGACUACGAUGGCUCGAAGGCGUCGUUGGACCUGAGUGCUGAGGGUGCGUUUCAGAUUGAUCUGGCACGGGGGGAGGCGACGGUUGACUUUGCUGUGGCGCCGGAGCAGGCGUGUGCGAAGACGACGACCUUGAUGAACUAUAGUGCGGCCCUGCAGAAGCCACCUGUGUCGCUGAAUAAUGUGGCUACUGCUAUGGUGCAUCAUUCGUUGCACGAUACUGCACCCAGUAGAGCAGAUGGUUUCGUCAUGGCUGGCCUGCCGCACAUGCACCGGUACUCGGCGUGGACUUUCAAAGAGUCAGAUAUGGAGAUCAUAUCUCGCUUCCAGACACGCACUGUGUCUACCAUCGGGAGCAAGCAGGCUACCUCCACGUACAGGGAUUGCAUCGCCCACCUAGCCUUCACUCACCCCUUCCUCAUGCACAUGGUCCUCUCCCUCACCCUCCUCCACGACGCCCACCUCACCACAACACACACGUCCAACCUCUCCCUCUCCUUCCAAAAAGCGUCCCUCACCCACUGGAACACCGCCACCAAGCUCUUCAACGCCCUCCUCUCCCGCCCCAUCGCUCCCUCCCACCGCGACGCCAUCUGGGCCACCGGCGCCCUCCUCGGCACCGCCUCAAUGGCCUACAUCGAAUCUUCUGACCCUGAGCACGCAUGGCCGCUUAAACCCCCCGACCCAAACGACCUCAACUGGCUCAAGCUCUCCGAGGGCAAACGCGCUGUGUGGCAGAUUGCGGACCCGUCCCGCCCGGACAGCAUGUUCUACGCGCUGGGGAAGAGCGUGAACCACCUGCAGCAGCCAGACUGGGUCGUCACCCCGGAUUUCGCCUCCGUCCCGGAAAGACUAGCGCGCCUCUUCGAUAUCAAGCCGGACGACACCGUGACCUCGAAUAUAUACUACCUGCCUCUUCUCUGCGUGCAGCGCACAAAGUUACUCACCCUCACGCACGAGCUUGUCCUUCCUUUUAUACGCUUUUUACUCUACAUGACGCCUGAGUUUCGGGCGCUGCUCGAGCUGAAAGAUCCGAGGGCGAUGUUAUUAUUACUAUGGUGGUUUCGCCGCGUGGAAGACGGGCAUGCGGAUUUGUGGUGGAUGACGCGGCGGGCGAAGAUCGAGGGGAGGGCGAUUGAGAUAUGGCUUGGGCGGUGGUAUGGCGGGGAGGAAGGGCUGAUGCAGAUGUUUGAGCGGGUGAGAGGGGGCGUUGGGGAGAUGUGGAUUUCUAUCCUGGGGUUGCUGGGGACGAUCCGGCGGGGUGUUGAUGGAGUGUCCUGGGUGGGCGAAGGAGAGGGCGGAGGGGAUCUGGGUGCAGUGAGUAUGUCGUGCUGGAUAUUCGUACCCUCAUAA